GCAUCGGUUUUAUUCGGUAUAUCGAAUGGUGUGCAUCGAUGUUUUUCUUACAUUCCUGAAUUAGACAUCUUCCGAAAAUUUUCCGGCUAGAAUCCACGAUGGUGAGUGUAUCGAGGUAUUUAGUAUUUAUUUUUCUGGCUAUUCAAGCUUCGAAUGCGAUUUUGGAUUCUGAUGCGAAUACCUUAGUCUUACUUGAUAAUUUGGCAAUUCGUGAGACACAUUCUAUAUUCUUCAAAUCAUUGCAAGAUCGCGGCUUUAAGCUAGUUUAUAAAUUGGCUGAUGAUUCUGGCUUAGUCCUUUCACGUUAUGGUGAAUAUAUCUACAAAAAUGUUAUUGUAUUUGCACCAAGUGUUGAGGAGUUCGGUGGCGAUCUUAGCGUAGAAAAGCUCACUGAAUUCGUUGACGAUGGUG